CGGUAUUGUUUUGUGCUGUAGUCUUACGGACGAAUUGAAUAAUAAUACUACAUUAUUUAAUAAUUUGUUGAUUAGUUUGUGUACUUAAUUAAUUUUAUGUGUUCCUAUAUUAUUAAUAUAUUGUUUUCGUUGUGUGUAAGAUGAUUUACGUCCAACACAUUUUAAACUCAAAUUAUAAACCCCGAGCAAAUAAUCAAUAACUAGGUAGAUAGGAAGGUAGAUAUGUUUUUCGAGAUGGAAGCCGUAACAAUCGAUCAAAAUAUGACGUUCAAUCCGGUUAAAUUGCAUUCGUCCAUUAAAAUACCGUUUCCGAAAUCGUCGUCUAUUGAGAACGAGUACUUUGUCUACAAUCAGGCAGAUCUGUUUUCACAGAGUUUCUCCGCGAUUGAAGGUAUUCGACGAAUGGGCAAACUGUGUGAUGUCACAUUGAAAGUAAACCUAUUAGACUUACCUAGAUACCUAAUAUUGUUCUGUUUUUACCUAUAAUGAAAUAAUUUAAUUUUUUUAGGUAGAAAACAUGUCGUUCAGUGCCCAUCGCAUAGUGUUAGCAGCUACUGUACCAUAUUUCAACGCAAUGUUUACACAUGAUAUGAUCGAAAGCACUAAAAAAGAUAUUGUGAUGCAUGGAAUUGAUCCCGAGUAAGAAUUACUUUUGGCAAUAAAUUUAGUAUAUAGCUAUCGCAGUUUUUUGUUAAAUUAUUGGAAGUUUCACAGUCAUUUGCAUAUUUUGUUUCAAUCAUAUUUAAAUUAUAAUAUUAAAAACUAUAGUAAUGUUUCUUACUAUAGACAAAAAAUAAAAUGUUUAUUUACGAUAUAGCAUUUUAGAAUAAGUUUACUAAAAUCAAGCCUCUGGUGUUAUUGCAUUGUUUAUUAAAAUAUUAAAAUUAAAAUCUAUAUAAUAAAUUAGUAUAAAUAACAAAAAUACUUAAAUUUAUGAUCGGCUAAAGUCCAUUUAUUAAACAUAUUCUCUUUUCAUACAAUUUUGAAACGUAUACAUCUUAAAAAUAGUAAAUUAAUAAGAAAUUUUUACAUUAUUUAUUUUAUUGUUCAGAAUUUUAGUGAAUUUGUUAGACGUAUUAUUUUGAUAUUUCAUACUACAAUAGUUAACAAUAUUAUUUGGUGAAUUGUGUAUUACUUUUUCUUUAAUAAAUUUAUGAUUUUUUUUUAAUAGUAUUUAAAUUGAAAUUAUUUCUAUGGAUUAUAUUAUAGAUAAUAUUGAGCUUGUGUUGAUAAUUAUGUUUAUUUAAUGAAAUACUUUCAAACCUAUAGAAUAUUGAUUUAAAAAAUUAUAUUUAUUAGAUUAAGGGUGAUUAGUAGAGCUAGGAUUUUAAUGACCUAAAAAAUACACAAAAAUGCACUAAAAAAAAUGUAAAAAUGAUCUAAAAACUUAUUUAUUUUUAAAAUAUUAAUUAAUAAUUAUGAACAAAAUAGGUAUAAAUUUGACUUGUGAAUGUAAUCGCUUCCUGGUAUAAUUAUUCUAAAAAAUCAAUUAAAUCAUAAAUUUAAAUAAUUUAAUGAAAAAUAUAUCAUAUUUUUUUUUACCUGUACACAUAUUAUUGCAUUGCACAAUUAGAUGAUUAUUAAGAUUUUCAAACAGGAAGCUGUGACGGCAGUCUGAUAAAAUGUUUUUAUAUGAAUAAAAACUUCGUUCAAUGUCCACAGAAGUAACAGGGGCAUAUUUGAAAUGAACCAUAUCAUUUUAAGUUAGGUCUUCCGGAAUACCAUCUCUACUUGUUGUAUUUUCAUUGUCCAGAACAGCAGAUAUAUUUUUUAAAACUUUGAACUCAUUAUUUUUCAUCAAAACAUUUUUCAGUUUGUUUGAUAUUGUUUCUCCGAUUACAAUAGGAGCAAGGAACAAUGUAGUCUCAAUUUGUUUUAUUUUAUUAAUAGAUUCUGAUAAUAAGAUUACAGAAGCCUCCAGCUUUUUUAUUUCUGAAGGAAUGAAUCCAAAAUUAGAUUUUAUAUAAAUUAGAUUAGCCUCUAAACUUGAUUUAGACAUAAGUUCUUUUGCUUCUUUUUUAGGAGUCGAAUCAUCAUGAUUUAAUUCAAGUACAACUUUUUUUACAUAAGAAAAAUUCUCACAAUAGUAAUUUACAGCAUUUAGCCAGGUUUCCCAUCGCGUGAUUACGGGUUCGGGUGGCAAUGGAAUUCCUGGAGCAAGAGUUUUAAACAUUUGUAUACGAUAUGGUGAUUUUAAAAAUAUUUUUUUCACGCAACUUAUAAGUUUAUUGACUUGAAAAUUUGAUCUUAUUUCUUACGCAACUCUAUGAAUUGCAUGCGCCACACAAGUUACGUGCACCAUUUUUGAAUACAGUGCAAAUGGCUCUUCCUGCUCUAACCAUAUAUAGGGCAGCAUCAGAUACAAAAAUGAGGGCAUUAUCGUGUUUUAUUCUUUCAGGCCAUAAUGUAAACAUAGCUUUAUCAAACGCUUUUGCAAUGGUUGAAUGAUUUGUUUUUUCCAAGACAUCGGAAUAUAACAAAAAUAUUUUUCCUGAAUUUUCUGCUACCAAUAACGAUAUUUACUACAAAACGGCUUUCAACAUCUGUCAUUUCAUCUGCACUAACUCAAAUUUUUUUAUCGCCUACAUAGUGUCUAAUAUUUCGUAUUGUAUUUAAAUAGCAUUUUUCAACAUAAUUUUUACGCAAUGUAGGCUCAUCUGGGAUUUUAAAUUUUAUAUUUUUUUUUUAAAAAAUGUCUAAAAUUUGUGUUAUUUAAUUUAGCAUGUGGAAUAUUAGCUGCUAAUAAUGUUUAGUCUCUAAAUGUUAAGCUCUAAAUUAAAUGACGAUUGAUCACUAUUAUUUGUUAAAUUAGAUAAUAGUACUUGAUUAUUUUGUUUCACUUCAUUCAGUUUUCAUUGAAUUCCACGAGCAUGCUUAUCUCAACGGAUGUGUUGUUGAAUUGUAAAUUUCUUUUCGGAAGCAACUGCAACAUUACAAACUUUACAAAAAAGCACCAUACUGUCCGUAAAAAAAAUAUUGGUACAAAACUACGUAAACGGCUUCCUACUGUUGACUUAAUUUUUGGCAUUUUUAAAAUUUUUAUAGUUUUAAUAUUAGUCGUAAUAUUAUUUGUUCAGUAUUGUGUACAGCUAAGAUCGGUGUAGAACCACAUAGGUGCGUGUCGUAUUCACUACUAAAGCUACUAUAUAGGUUUAUAUUCGAUAAGAUAAAUCGACAAUUACUCAUAUUACUUUUUCAAUAUCAAUGGACUGGAGUAGGUAAUUCCCUAUAGGUAGUAAUUGGGAUUACCUUUACAACACAUAUUAAAAAAGCUUAAAAUAAAUAUAAAUUAGUUAAAAUACACAAAAUGAACGUUAUAUUACAAAUAUUACGUAAAAAUGCAAUAAAAUGCAUGUAACACAAAAAAUGCAAAAUAAAAAUUUCAUAUUCUAAAUUGUUAAAUCACGAAACAAAUUUAGUUUAUGGUUAGAAUUGUAUAGCACUUAAAAAAAAAAUAUGUAAAAGUCACCAAAAUCCUAGCUCUAGUGAUUAGAAUCAUGUGGUAUUCAGUUGGUGUAGGUUUCCGGUUAAUACUAAUAGUGUAUACUGAAAACAAAUUCGAAAGAAAUCAUACUUAAAAUAUCAUAUUUUUUUUUUUACUGUAAUUAAUUUGUUUAGUGUAAAUUAUAGUUGGAUCAUAUUAAAAAAAAAAUAAUAAAAUAUUAUUAAAGUCUGAUUGUAAAAUAGAGGCUUCACACUUACAUCCAUUAAUAAAACUACAUAAACUAGAUAAUCCGAUUCAUCCAUUGAUUAACUUCAAAACUGAUCUAGCUUAUAACCUUGCUAAAUAUUUAAACUUUCUUAUAAAAAAAAAAUUAAACAUGAAUACUGAUACUUCUAUAAAAACACUUAUUAUUUUAUUAAUAAAAUUAAUAUUGAGCCAGGUUACAAAAUGAUUUCGUUUGAUGUCAAAUAUUUAUAUACAUUCAUUCCUAAACAUGAAACAGUACAUUUUUAAAAUAAUAAACUGAUACAUAAUAAAACAUUUAAUACAACGUAUUACAAGAAAUUAAAUCAAUUAAUGUAAUUAUUAAAACUUUUUCCAAUAUAAUAAAUUAUAUUCACAAAAAGAUGGGUUAGUUAUGGGUAGUCCUACUAAGUGUUCUUUUACCUGAAAUUUACAUGCAAAAUUAUGAAACCAAUAAUAUGAUUAACAACAAAUAUACAAUCCAUGUAUAAAAGCAUAUUAUAGAUAUGUCGAUGACUUGUUCAUUUUAUUUAAAGGUUCAAAUAGACAAACCGAAAAUUUAGUUACCUACCUUAUCAAAAUAAAUAAAAACAUUCAAUUUACACUCGAAAUACAAAUAAAUAAUACAUUUCUUAGAUCUUACAGUUUCCAUAAUAAACAAUAUAUUUGAUUUUAGUAUUUACAAGAAACCUACACAAACUGAUGCUAUAAUACCACAUGUUUCUAAUCACCCUUAUUCUAAUAAAUAUAAUUUUUUAAUUUAAUAUUUUAUAGGUUUGAACGUAUUUCAUUAAAUAAACAUAAUUAUCAACACGAGCUCAAUAUUAUCUACAAUAUAGUCCAUAGAAAUAAUUUCAAAUUAAAUACUAUUAAAAAAAAUCAUAAAUUUAUUAAAGAAAAAGUAAUACACAAUUCACCAAAUAAUAUUGUUAACUAUAGUAGUAUGAAAUAUCAAAAUAAUAUGUCUAAAAAAUUCACUAAAAUUCUGAACAAUAAAACAAAUAAUGUAAAAAUCGCUUUUAAGACUAAUAAUAAUUUAAUCAAACAUAUGAGUAAUAGAACUAAAAACUUCACAAAAAAUCCCCCUUUCUUUUGACAAUGCUGGUGUAUAUAAACUUAAAUGUAACUUUAAUAAAUUGUAUUUAGGUAAGACAAAUAGAAAUUUUAAAAUAAGAUAUAAAGAACACAUUCCUAAAAUAAAAUUUAAAAAGACUGUCCCAAAUUCAAAUUUUGCUAAACAUGUUAAGGAAAAUAACCAUAAUAUAAGUUUUGAUAUUAAUACAGACUUAAAAAUAAUAAAUAUCCAAAUAACAUUUACAUUAAUUCAAUUUUAGAAGAAUUACAUGAACAUAAAGAAAAAUCAUUUUAAUAAUAUUUUAAAUGUUCAAACCGAUUUUAAAAAAGACCUAAGAUAAUGGGGAUGGGUGCAGAUACUGUUAUAGAUAGUUUAAUAUAUACCUGUGAGCAACGAUAAACUAUUGCUUACGAAAACAAGAUUCUGAGCGAAGUUCAGUUAAUAGUGAUGCUUUGUCAACAAUAUAUAUAUGAUUUUAUAGUAAAAUAAUUAAAUAGGUUUUAUAUAUUUUCUUUAAUAAAAUUUGUUUAAUGCACCGAAUUUCCUAUGUUUUUCCCAGUUUUCUCAUGUUUUAUCCCCUUUUUCUCAUUUGCUGGGAAAACUCCUGAGAAAAUUGAAAAAUGUCUUUUUUAAAGUACCUCCCUAUACUGAUUUCUUUUCAAAAAAGGUACUACAUGUAGAAAUCCGAGCUAGUCUUCUGGUAGAAAAGUUGGGCACAGAUAAAAAAAUUUAACAUUUUGUAGAACCAUAAGCUUCUUUGCUCCACUCAGAAUCUAAAAUAAUAUCUUAUAUAAAUACAUUUUAGAUAAUAAAUAAUAAUAUAUAUAUUUAUAUUUCUUAACAUAUCUAUGUAUAAUUAAAACUAAUUUUAAUUAAUCUCUCCUAUUAAAAUAAAUUAUUUCUAUAUUCUACGUAAAAUGACCAAUUUUUAUAAUUUAAAAUUUUUUUUGUCUUUAUUUUUCUUUAUUUUAUUUUUCAUAUUUAGUUGCGUUUUACUUUUGACUUUGUAAUUUUACCUGAUGAUGAAUUUUUAAUUUGAAAAUCGGUCGUACAAUACACUUACCCUAAUACUUCAGGCAACACAUUCAUUAAUUAAUUAGUUUUAUUUUUAUAUAUACAUUUUUUAUUUAUAUAUUUAUUGAUGAGUAUUAACUAUUUUAAUAAUUUUGUUUUUAAUUUAUUAUCUUAUUGUUUACAUUAUGUUUUUAUACAAAAAAUACAAAUUACUCUAAAAUGCAAACCAUCUAAGCUUGUCUGGUUAGAUUAUUAACAGUAUUAUUAUUAUUGGCAUCAACAAUUAUAUUUACACAAAUAAAAUGUUGAAAAAUUGGAGUAUCUAAUUAUUUCAUUUAUAAUUUAUUAGCUUGGUCAAAGGAGAAAAACAGUGUCCCUGAUUUUUUUGAAAUCUUUGUGUUAAUUUUAUGAAAUUUACAAAUAAUUUUUUAAAUUAAAAAUUGGAUAUUUUCAAUUUAAUUAUUUAUUUUCAGAAUUAUUAUAAAACAAACCACAUUGUAAUAUGAUAUUUGUAAUAAAGAAACACUGUCAAAGGGAGUGCUUGUUACACUUACAACACCACCUUUGCUAUAUACUACUUAUAAUGACUUAAUGAAUUUAAACAAAAUAAGAACUUUGUUUCCUUCAUUUUUUGUUUAAUUAACAGAGCAUUGGAAUCACUGAUCAAUUUUGCGUAUAGUGGUCGUAUUUCAAUAAAUGUCAAUAAUGUUCAGUCACUUUUAAUCGGAGCCUCAUUCUUGCAACUGAAAUGGGUGCGAAAUGCUUGUGCAACAUUCAUUAAAGAAAGGUAAUUUCUCAAAAUAAUUAUAAAUAUACACUAACUGUAAGAACUUUUUUAUUAAAAAAAAAAAUAUAUAUUUAUUUCAAGAUAGUUUUAAAUAUUGUAUAAAAACUGUUUUUAACUUUGCUACAAACGUUUACAUAAACCUUGACUUUGAAUACUUUUGUUAUAACAUACCAUACAAAUGAUGUAAAUACUAAAUAAAAGGUAGGAUAAUGUUUGUUGAUUGGUGAUGAGUUAAGUUAAUGUUAAUGCUUAUUUGAAAAAAAAAAUCACGUCUACCUAUGGAUUUUCAAUAUUUUUGUAUUAUUAUCAUAUACAUAAUAUUGUAUAAAAAUAAAUUAAAUGUAACCUUAUCAACAUUGGUGCACAGUACAAAUAUAUUGUGUACAAUAUAAAGCUAAAUAAUUAAAUACAUUUUGAAAGUUUUAACUUGCAACACUAAUCUAUAGAAAAUGUCAGGUUUAUUUUAAUUUGUGAAAUUAAAAAAAAAAAACAGUUAUUGUUAGAAUCAUUUUUUUGUUAUUGUUCCAUAAAUAUUUUCAUUUUCUGGUUUUCUUUUAUUAUUAAAAAAAUUGGAAAGGAAAAUAAAAAAAUUAAUUUCUUAACACUCCUACUAACCAAAAUUUUAAGAAACCACCCCAGAUAUUAAUACCCAGUCAUGCUACAAUCAUCUGAUCGAAAGUUUAUUAAUAAUCCAUGUUUCCCUCCUAUUUGGAACAUAAGACGUUAACAAAUGUUUAAAUCUCUUUAAACUUUAUAUUUUUAAUAUUAUUAUUUAUGAAUUGUUUUUGUACUUUAUACUAUGUAUGUUUAUAAUGUAUAGUAUGAAGUAUAGUAGUAGUUCUGCAAUCUUUCUGGCAAUAUAAAAUGUCCAUAUUUUAUAUUUUGAUUAUUAGAAUGUACAGACUGAUUGAGAAUCUUUACAUUUUACAGUGUAUAUUAUGUUAGUACCUAAUAUGUUUCAGGUUUCAUCCAAAUAAUGUUCUGAAAGUGCGUACAUUAGCAGAUUCAUUAGGUUGUUACGGCUUAGUAACUGAUGCUAAUAGAUAUAUAGAUCAGUAUUUUUCUGAUAUAUCAUUGUCUGAAGAUUUCUUAAAUCUCAAUAUAAAUGAAAUAAUAGAUGUAGUCAAAAAAGAUGAAAUACAAGCUUCUGAAGAACAAGUAAUGUUAGUUUUAUAUUUGGUAGUAUUCUGUUAACAAGUCUAUUUUGUAGAAACAGUUCCAUAAACGGAACUAAAUACAAUUUCAUGAUAAUUUCUUGUAUACUAUGAAUUAUAAUUUCUGUUGAUACCAUAGAUAAUACAUAAUGUAUUAUCUAUGGUUGAUACACUAGCAUUGUGUUAUUUAAAUUUGCAUUAUCAAUGGAUUUUUUUUUAUGAUAACAGACAUACAUAGGGUGCGUUUGCUUCGGGUACUUAAGUGCUUAUAGGGGUUGGCAUAUUGUUUGAAUUGUUACAUUUAAUCACUCAGACUAUAAGCAAUAAAAUACCCAUGGAUACUAUUCCCUCUCAUUAACCUUUUGUCAGGCGUGAGAUCACUUAUAUUUAUUUAUUUUUAAAUCUUUUAUUUUCUAUUUCUGUAUCUAGAAAUAGUGCAUAUUAUUUGUUCCUUUUUUUUUUUUUUUUUACUAUUAUUAUACUUAUAACUUUAGUACUAUGUUUAAUGGGUAUAAAAAUGUAUAUCUUAUUGAUAUUUUUGAGUGUCGAAAGUGAAUGCACCAUUAUAUGCUGUAAUUAUGUUAAGGUAGUAAUAGUCAUGUUUACAGAAUGGUAUCUCAUUUUAAAAUAAUAAUUUUUUGGUGAAAUAAAUAUUUGUAUUUUUGUAUAGGUAUUUGAAGCAACUAUGCGAUGGGUGAAACAAGAAGAAUUGAGACAAGAAAGUUUCCCUCAAUUACUUGCUGCUGUAAGGUUACCAUUACUUUCACCACAUUACUUAGCAGAUCGAGUUGCCACUGAAGAAUUAAUAAGAUCAUCACAUGAAUGCAGGUUUAAUUUUUAAAAAUCAUUACUAAAGCUAAAUUAUUUGUAUUUAAAGAGAUACUGAGAUAUGCCAAUUUAUCAGAAUGAUAUAAUCAUUUAUAUCAUAUGUGCUUCUCAGCUAUUAUUAUUACUUUUUUUGUACAGACUACCCUACAUUUGUAGCGUUUAAUAAUAUAUUAUAAUUUAUACAAUUUAUUGACAUAAUAUAAUAUAUUAUAAUUAUGCAAACAAAUCUCUAAACCAGUGGUUCUUAACUUUUUCAUAUCCAUUUACCAUUUACACAUUUGACAUUUUUUAUAUACAAUUUCUGUUAUCAAAUCUGUAUAAUCAUAAGCAUUUAAUACACAAAAAUAAAAUUAUAAUAUGUACAGUUAUUAUUUGUAUUAUAAUUUAUGGAUAAAUGAAGUACAUUAUACCUAACCUACACCCAACCUAUACACUUGUUUCAGCAAUACAUAUAUUUAUAUUAUAACUAAUAACUUUUUUUUUCAUUUAUCAAAAAAUUUCUUUAUGCUACAGGCUAAGAACUGCUGCUCUAAACAACUAUUAAUGAUUUUUUUACAUUAAUAAAGUUAUACUUUUACCGUUUUUGCUAUAUUGUGUUUAUGCUCUACAAUGCCCGGCAAUGCUCAGCUAUUGCUAGAUAAUAGUGUAAAUAGUAGUAAUAAUAAAACCUAAUUUUCUUAUCGGUAACAACUUAAUUGUCAUCCAUGUCACUCAGGUAACCCACAAAUAAACAAAAAUAAACAAUUAAAAAAUUAAUAUCAAAAAUACCUAAAAGACCCAUAUUUUACCCUCUUUGGGGGAUACUUAAGUCAAAAUAGCCUAACCUAACCUAUCUGUAUGCCAAAUUUUAGCCCAUUCCGCCCAGUAAUUUAAGUUGGAAGUUAUGAAUCAGUCAGUCAGGACAUGUUUUGUAUAUAUAGAUUAUAAAUACCUAUAUUACUUAAUUGUUUAUUGCACCUAUUUGUUUAUUAUUUAGGGAUCUACUGGAUGAAGCCAAAGAUUACCAUUUAAUGCCUGAACGGAGAGUGUUAUUACAAAGUUUCCGCACAAGACCUCGUUGUGUCAGUUAUAUUCGUGGACAUAUUUAUGCUGUUGGUGGACUAACAAAAUCAGGUAUAUAAUACAAUUGAUAACAUUAAGUAUUUGAAUAAUUUAUACACUGUAUGGUAUAUAUACAUAUUAGUAUAAAAUGAAGAAAAAUAUCAGAUCAUCAUUUAAAACUAUAUAUGUUAUGUUUAGGUGAUUCGUUGAGUACUGUUGAAGUUUACAAUCCCCUAACAGAACGAUGGGAACUUGCUGAAGCUAUGCGCAUUUUACGUAGUAGAGUUGGAGUGGCAGUAUUGAACAGUAAACUAUAUGCAUUUGGUGGUUACAAUGGCAUUGAAAGAUUAUCUUCAGUAGAAAUGUUUGAUCCUACUACAAAAACAUGGAAUAUAAUAUCACCAAUGCAUCGAAAGCGCAGGUUUAUUUUUGUUGUGUUACACUUUUAGUCAUUACUUUUAAUCGUUGAUUUAUUUUUUAUCUUUAAAAUUUUAUUAGAGUUUAUAACUUGAUAUUAAUUAUUCAGUUAUUUCAUUGAUUAUACAUAAAACUCAAAAAUUAUUUGGGCUUUAAAGAAUUUAAUAUAUUUUAUAAUAUAUUAGUGCACUUGGAGCAGCAGCUUUAAAUGAUCGGCUAUAUGUAUGUGGAGGAUUUGAUGGAGUUAGUUCAUUAAAUAUUGUUGAAUGUUAUCAACCUGAUUUGGAUCGUUGGACAAUCAUUACACCAAUGCAAAAACAUAGAAGUGCUGGUGGUGUGGUAGCAUUCGAUGGUUAUAUUUAUAUUUUAGGAGGUCAUGAUGGUCUUAGUAUUUUCGACUCAGUAAGUUAAUUAAUACAAAGUUUCAUUUAAUUUUUAUAAUUGUUUGUUAUUUUUAAUAGGUUGAGCGAUACGACACAUAUACAGGGCAAUGGUUAUCUGUAACACCUAUGUUGAUGAAACGUUGUCGUUUAGGAGUGGCCACAUUGAAUGGUAAACUCUAUGCUUGUGGUGGUUAUGAUGGAUCAACGUUUUUACAAACUGUUGAGGAAUACGAUCCUCAAGUAGACAAGUAAGAACCAAUGCAAUAUUAUGUAACAAUAUUUUCAAUUUGAUUAUUUUAUAGUAAUAAUUUAUUAUACCAAUAAGAUUAUCAGAGCAACAAAUGAUAAAAUUAAUAUUAUACAUCGGUCUACUCGUUAAAGCUUAAGGCCUUGGUUCGAGUAAGUUUUCAUUAAAAGAAAUAAAGGUUAAAUUAUAAUCACAUUGAAAUAUUAAAUACAACCAAGGUCUAAGAAGUUGGUUAUAAUAUUUAAAUGUGUUAUGAUUAUUUUAAGUUUCUAGUAUACAUAGUAUAUUUUGUUCACUAAAUUAAAUGAUUUGUAUGUUGAAUAAUGAAUUUCAUUUAUUUCUGAAAAAUUUACUUGGAAAAUUUACUUAAAAUACCUUAUCAAUUUAUAUUAAUCAAUGAUGACUAAAGACCGGACUUGUCUUAAAACACCUAAAAUAUGAUGCUAAUAUUCUCUAAAAAACCUUAAAAUAUUCUCAUAUUCUGUUAGUAGUUUGAAAAAUAUUCAAAAAUAAUUUAUAAAAAUCAAUAUAAUAUGCUUUAAUAUGCAAUUUUUAUUACAUUUUUUUGUUAUACAACAUUCCAUAAAUAAUUAGUGACACUUGUGUAUUAAAAUAGAAUAAUAGUACAGUUAAGUAAGAGUAAAAAUAUAAUAUAAAUAUAAUAAUAUAGGUAAUUUAAUUUUCAAAAACUUAAAAAUCACGUUACACGUUAUUAGAAAAGUGCAAAACAAAAUAUUUGGUCUUUUGAAUAGUUGAUGAUUAAGUAUAAACAAAUACGUCAGCAUUGCAGAUUAGCCACCAUGUUAAGUAAACGGUAAUUUAUAAUAGGUAGGGUACCAAACAUACUAAACAUUAAAGGGAAGUCCCCAACUUACUGUGUCGUUUUGUUUCGUCUUUUUUAAACACAUAUGUUCCUUUUUGAUUGCGCUAAUUAAUUUGUACAUCUAUCAUUCUACCAACAACCAACAUUGCCGUUCACUAUCACUAUUAAUUUACUAUUCACCAAAAAUGCACAUUAAUUAUUAUCACACAUUUUGCUUAAAAUAUAGUUUCAUUAUUUAGAACAAAGAUUUUCAUACACUAAAAAAAUCAUCAAAUAUGCACUUAUGCAACAAAAAAUUAAAAAUAUGCGGUUAAAUAUGCACCGCCCCCCAAAAAAAAUUAAAACACUAAAAUGUAUAACUUUAAAAAUUAUAUUUUUUCAUUAAAUAUUUUAUUUAUAAUUUUAUAUUAUCUCUUAAUAAGUUUUAACUAAAUUAAUUUUACUUAUAUUUUUAUACUUAAUUGAUUUGGAAUCUUUUUUGAAUUUUGGAUCUCAUUCUUCAUUAUUAAUUAUUAUUCUUUAGCUAAUAAAGUACUAUUUUUACCUUUACCUAAAUCAGAAUUGCACUAAAUUAUUAACAUUUCUUUGAUAUUUGGCAAUGCCAUUGAAUUAUUACUUAAACAGUAUCCACUUUAUUAAUAUUGUUUAAUUGCAUUAUAUGAUUAACUAAUAAUAAUAAUAAAAACACCAAAAUUAUUUAUUUUACUUAAUUUUAGUUACUUAUUUUUAAUAUUUUACAUUUUACUAGUAGUUACUGACUACUGAUUAUACUAGUAGGUAUUGAUUUUAAAACCAAUAGUACAAACUAUAUUAAAAUUACAUGGUAUUGUAUUUACUAGUACUAGUUUUUAAUUUUAUAUCAUAAAAAAUACAGUGUGAAGUGUUAAAUACAACAAACUUUUUGUAUAAAGUGCAUAUCUGUCCCUAAAAAAAUAUACAUUUUACGAUUACAUAACCUAAAUUAUUAUUUACCUUCACAAAGUUCAUAUUGAAUUUGAACUAAUAUAAAAAUUGAUUAUUAAUUCACAUUUAAGUUUAAUUUUAAAUUAAAUUAUUAAAAAAUGAUGAUUUUUAUACUAAUUUAAUUUAUUACUAAAAUAAAAACAAGAAAAUGAUGUUAUUAGGUACACUCAGCAGAUUCAAAAGUUAAAUUUAUUUAACUUUGCGGUAUUCGCGGUAACAUCUUUGUAAACAUGAUCAAAAUGUAUCUACCAAGAUAAUAAGAGCCAAUCAAAAGAGAUUAUUUCACACAAAACGAAACAACACAGUGACUUAAGUACUGCCCUUAAGCCUUUUUAUCAAAAUGAUAAAAAAAAAAAAAAUUGUAAAUGUCAAAAUAUAUUUUUCUCAUGUACUAUAUUAUUAAAAUUAAUAUUUUUUCUCACAAUUUACAAAAUGUUCCAAAAUAUGCAAAAUAAGCAAAAUCCUUAACCCAUGAAAAAAUUGUGAUUAAAAAUGGUUUUAAAAUAAAGCUUUAACGAUUACAUGAUUAAAAAAAAAACAGAAAUCAAAUUCACUUAAAAUUCUCUGAGAUAAUUGCUGGUUCAUGAUAAAAAAAUCACUCUGUAUUCUCAAAUAUGCAAAAACACUUUUUUACAAACUCAGAAUUGAACAUUUCUUACUUUCAUAAGACUGCAUAAGCUUAGUAAUGAUAUGUAAAAACAUAAAUCUGGUCUUUAAUAAUGACCUAUCUUUUUAAAUGCCCAUGGCUGAAAAUAGUUUAAUAUCUUAUACUUUUUUUAUAAAAUAUUUCAUCUCCUUUACAAAUUAUAUAACUAAAAAUCAUUUGAAAAAAAUUUUAAUUUGUUUUUUAACACAUGACUAUAUUUAAUAUUGUAUACCAGGGGUGGUCAAACUUUUUUUGGUAGAGAGCUAUUAAGAAAAUAUUUUUCCUUUAAGUAUCGACUUCCUAACAAAAAUAUAUAAUUAUAAAAUACCUAAUAGGUAUUAAUAAUAAACAUACAUGUUAAUAAUAAAACUAAAAUGUAUAGUUAAAUAAUGUUUUUCAUCACACUAUUAUUAAAACUAAUAUAAUAUUAUUGUAAAUAUAAUUGCCAGUAUAAACAUUGUUGAAUUGACAUAUUACUUGAUAAAUUAACAACAGAAUAAUAAUAUAUUAUGAUAAAAAUGAUCAGCAAUUUUGAUUCAUUUACGAAUUACAUAACAAAAUAUAUUCUAACAUAAGAGAGAUCUGUAUUUAAAUCGUCCAUGGUGUACCGUUUGGCCACCUCUGCUUUGUUUCUAUCACUUCAUUAUAGCUAAUACUUUAUUAUCAUUUGAAUAAUUGUUUAAUGUUUUUACAGAUGUAUAAUAUUUUGUUUUAUAUUUUCUGUGGUUCACAGAUGGAAAUUUGUGGCUCCAAUGAAUGUAACAAGAAGUCGAGUAGCACUAGUGGCAAACGCUGGAAAGCUUUGGGCCAUAGGGGGUUAUGAUGGAUUUCUAAAUUUGCCAACAGUGGAAAUGUAUGACCCAAAAACUAAUUGCUGGACAUUUGCUGCCUCCAUGUGUGCACAUGAAGGAGGUGUGGGGGUCGGAGUCAUACCAAUCCACGAGUCUGAAAAUUCAUGAUGUUAUAGCCAUUGUAAAAUGUUGUAAUUUUCAUAAUAAUCCAACAUACAGCAGCAUCAAAACUAAAUAGAAAUUUCAAAAAUAAAGUCACAAGUUAGCAAAUUUAUAAUGAUAUAAUCAAUUUUACUCGGAUUAAGAAAUAUGUUAGUUAUUUUUAUUGUUGAUUGGUUAUGAAAGAUCAGCAAAAUAUCAUACCAGCUAAGAAGUUUUGACAACAUUUGUAGUUUUAAAAUUUGGCCACAAUUACAAAAUGUAUUAAUUAAUUAAUAUUCACGUAAGAAAAUUUACCUAUUAUAACUAUAGGUUAAUAAUAUAUUUUAAUACUGAACAUCAAAACUUGAUAAUAUUUUAAUCAAAACAGCAUUAGGUUUGAAUAUACAAAAAACUAAAGCUGCUGCUCUUGUCUGUUUGUCUGUUGUGGUUAAUACUAUAAAAUAGAAUAUCUAUAAUCAAAUGUAUACAUCUAUAUAAGUAAUAUGCUUUAAAGAAAUUAAAUGGAAAUUGUUUAGAAAAUAUUCACAAUAACAGUUUUAAUAUUGGAAUUGAACACCGAAAAGUAUUUAACAUAUAAAAUUCAAAAAUUCAAUUAUCAAUAAUACAGUCUUUAUCACGAACCCGUUUUAUCGUAAUGUAAUGACUAUGUUUAUAAUCGGAUUUGAUGACAUCAUAGAUAUGGAUCCGAUAAUAUGCUUCUUCCUGCUAAGAAAUAAAAAAUGUUCCUAUUCCAUGAAAUGACUGAACGUAGCACUUCAUAAUGUCAACGAGACAAUUUCACACGCCUCCACUUGAGGACAAAAUACACUAACUGAGUUGUGUGAAAAGAUGAUAGAUCAGACACUCUAGUACCGUAAUCUACUCUACAAAAUAAUGGUUGAUAUAUUAUUCAAACAAAAGUCGACAAAAAAAAAAAAAAAUUAUAAUUUUCCAAAUAAUCAAUAUUCAAAAGAGAAUAAAUUCUUUACAUCUGAUAGAAUAUAACAGUUUUUGCAACAUUUUUUGAUUACACAAAGUCGCAAGGUACCAUUAACUAAUUAACAAUACCUAUAUAACUUGCAUUAUGUAUUAAUAUUAAAUGAGCUUACCUUUAACCUAAUAAUGUAUUAAUUUCGAUAGAUACAAAGAGGAAACGUUUAGAAAUUAUCACAUGAUAAUUGGCAGUUAGUUUAAAUUAUUUCAAAACCAUACUUAAAUCAAAAAAAAAAUGAAAUCACUUUGAAUAAAAUUGUGUUGAUCAGAAAAAAACCAAGUAAGAUUAAACAUUUUAUAGUAAAGUAAGAGU